CAGAAAAUGACCGAAGAGACCCCAAGGAGGCCACCGUGGAUGUUAACGAUGAGACCGGGGCCGACGAAUUCAUGGGGGACAACUCGACCACAGCUGAGGAGGAGGAGGAGGAGGAGGAGGAGGAGGAGGAGGAGGAGGAGGAGGAGGAGGAGGAGGAGGAGGAGGAGGAGGAGGAGGAGGAGGAGGAGGGUUGACACGAAGGGGAGAAGGGAGUGCACUUGGACGAGGCGACGACUGUUGGACAUGUGAAACUGUUAAUGAACUGUUAAUUCAUGU